UGAUAUUUUUUUUAAAUGAUCCCAACUCAACCACCCCGGUGGGGUGGCAAUCUUUUCUGAUCGGGAAUCUACAGCUUGAACAAGCUAUUUCAAAAACCUUCAAUCGUUUUCAAACCUUCCGAUUCUUCAAAUUAGGGUUUCUGGUUAACUCCCUCACUCAUCAAUUUCAGAAACCCUAAUUUGCUGAACAAAUCGUUGCUCUGAUUUCCUGUUCUUCGUCGAUUAUUCCCAUUUGGUAGGAGCUGCCUUUUGCUAGUCACCCAUCGCUACCGGCCGUAGAUGAAGCACGCGAAGAAAAAGAAGAGGAGAAGUUCGCAGGCUCCGAAGAAGGUCGACCCUGGGAACGAAGAGAAGAAGGUAGUCCAAGCGCUUACUGAGGCUUUCUCUUCCGUCUUUUUGGAUGAUGCCGUCUCCGCUUACCGGGAAGCCAAAGGUGAUCCGGAUAAGGCUGCAGAGAUAUUAGGGCGAUCGUUGUAUGAGAGUUCUGAGGAUCCGUCCACGAGUUCCACAUCGGGUGAGUGCUCGGGCUCUGGAUCGUCCGAUGGGUCUGUGGAGAUGAGUUACGUUGACAAUUUGGUGAAGGAGAAGGAUUCUAGAGCUUGUAAGCAGAAGAGGGUGAUUGCGGCCACUGGUACUGUGUCGACAGUUCUGGGAAAGGAGUAUAUGAAUCCGAGUCCGAGAAAGGAUUCGAGAACAAUGAGUACGAAGCUGAAGGGUUUUGGCAAUGGGGUUUUUGACGAGGAGAAGGCUGAACAGUUUCUUUGUUCUAUGCUUGGAGAAGAGUCUGAGCUGAACUUGGCGAUUGUUAGAGACGUUCUGUGUCAGUGUGGAUAUGAUGUUGAAAAGGCCUUGGAUGCGUUACUAGAUUUAUCAUCUUCUUAUGAUCAGUCUACAAAUGGUCCUAGUUAUAGUUUGAGCUACAAAGACGAUAGCAGAUACCCUAAUGAAAAUUGUGAUACUCUGACAGAUAGGAUCUCUGAUUGUUCUUCUCUUUCAUCUGAAUGUGAACUACAUGAUAGUAUAUGGUCUGUGGGUUGUGGUUGCAGGAGGAACUAUAAGGAUGUUCUUGCUAGCUCUGAAGGUCAUUGCCCCACUAACACAAGGAGUACUGAAUUGGAUCUCUCUCAGAGCGUGUUGGAUUCUUUGUUUAAUAUCUCUAAGAGUCCUACAUAUCAACCAAAAACAAUGAAUUGGAGAAAUGUUGCAAAGAAAUUGCAGUUGCUGGGACCCCAAUUUGAUGUUUGUCCAUCUAGUGAUUCAACUUCACAGCAGGAUAUUCGUGCUAAAGGAGAUGAAUAUCAUGCUUUUAGGAAAACUGCAAAUCAACAAUGGAACUCAGUGAGGUCUUGCUAUGAGAAAGCAGCGACAGCAUAUUCAAAGGGAGCAAGGGAAUAUGCUGCAUACCUUUCUGAGCAGGGGCAGGAACAAACUAAAUUGGCACAGAAGGCUGAUGAAAGGGCCAGCAAGGAUAUAUUUAAAGCUAGAAACAAAAGUAUACAAAACGUGAUAACUAUUGAUUUGCAUGGGCAACAUGUUGGUCCAGCAAUGAGGCUAUUAAAAAUGCAUCUCAUAUUUGUUUCUUAUGCACAAACGGUUCAGAUCCUCAGGGUUAUAACAGGAUGUGGAACUCAUGGUAUGGGCAGGUCAAAGCUAAAACAAUCGGUAAUCAAACUUCUGGAAAAAGAGGGUGUUGAGUGGAGUGAAGAGAAUCGGGGAACCGUGCUUAUCAAGCUAGAUGGACACAGAGAAUUUGGCUUCUUAGAUUCCGAGAGUGACACUGAGUGAGCCUUUUCUGACUAAUUAGCGUCUUGUGUAUAUUAGUCUGUCCAUUCACUUGCGUUAAAAUAUUUGAAUAGAGUUGGGUGCGUAGUGUAGCCUUGUAGCCUAGUGUAAUUGAUUGUAGUGCUCUAGGCUCUAGGUCAGAUAUCAGAUGUCUGUGUAUAUCAACACUCGUAAUUCUAACUAGCUGAUGGGGGCAAGUCUGCUUUGACAUAUCAAGCGUGUAUGUGUAUCUUAGUUCUCUGCUCGACAGUAGUAACUUUAUUAUGACAUGAUACUGACGAGGAUGUAAAUCAUGUUAUAAAAUUAACUUUUUAUUUGCAAUGAUGUUAGCUUUCUCA